AUGGUAAGGGUGCCGCCGUCCUGUUCUUUUUGGUCCACCUCUAGUUCUCUCUUUUCCUUGUUUCUCCCCACACUGUCUCUAGCUAAGCUUCUCAACAGACAUACCGAUACACUUCUCUCUUGCAGCCCACCGCUACACCGAAUAGGUUGA